AUGUUGCUCUCACUCGUUAUUUACGCAUUGCGAUGCAACGAACAGGCGAACGCGUACCGCUUCUCGUUAUCCUGGUCGCGCGUCCUGCCAACUGGGGACGUGGACGCCAUCAACCAGCCGGGUAUCGACUACUACAACAACCUCAUCAACGAGCUGCUCGCCGACGGAAUCCAGCCUCUGGUGACGAUGUACCACUUCGACCUGCCGCAAGCGCUGCAGUACCUCGGAGGCUGGCCCAACGAGUUGAUGGCCGACUACUUUGUGGAGUACGCCAGGGUUCUGUUUGAAAACUUCGGAGACAGGGUGAAGUGGUGGAUCACGUUCAACGAACCGGCCGUCUUUGCGAAUGGGUACGCGAGCGUCGGCUUCGCGCCGUCGCAGAACGCCUUCGGCAUCGGCGACUACCUGUCCACCCACACGGUGAUCAAGGCGCACGCGCGCGUCUGGCACCUGUACGACGAGCAGUACAGAGCGACACAGAACGGUAGUGUAGGAAUCACCCUUAAUAUGGGAGGUCCUGAGCCAGCUUCUAAUUCGACAGAGGAUGCAGAAGCUAGUGAAAGAGGCCGCCAGUUCCAGGUGGGCAUCUUCGCUCACCCUAUCUUCAGUGCAGAAGGGGACUACCCGGCUGUGGUGAGAGUGGACGCCAACAGCGCAGCAGAGGGGAGGCCGAGGUCGAGGUUGCCAUCCUUCACACAGGAGGAGGUGAAGUACAUCAGGGAAUGUCUGUGA